AUGGAGCAAGCACAACACUCCGGCAUCUAUGUGGCGCCCCUACAUAUUGUCAAGUCCACUUCCGACUUGACCGCCUCGAGAUAUAAGACUGGCUCCUCACAUGUUGAGGCAGGGCUGCACUCAAGCGAUCAGACCACACCGCCAUUGACACCUCAUGAUGCAAGUGAGCCAAGGAGUAAGGCCAACGAGCCGGUCAGAGCAACCUUCCAUAACUACCUCCGUGCCUUCUAUCCCUUUCAUCCCACGGCGUCCGUUUCCCCUUCUGCAGUCACCCUCCCACUCGACGCUGGCAAUAUCAUAUUGGUUCAUUCUAUCCACACUAACGGCUGGGCUGAUGGGACAUUACUCGACACUGGUGCUCGAGGUUGGCUCCCAACGAACUACUGUGAGGGAUAUGAGCACAUUCCAAUGCGGCCACUCCUCAAGGCAUUGGCUGAUUUCUGGGACGUGAUCCGAAGUCGAAAAGAUGCGACUCUCGCAAUCUUCCGCGAUCAGGACUAUAUGCGCGGCUUGAUCGCUGGUGUAAGGUUUCUGCUGGAGAAGUCAGACUGCCUGACAAGAGACUCAUCAAUCGUCAGGAAUCAUGAAAAUAUCCGAAGGGCUAGGAAGGCGCUUCUUUCGGAUCUUUCCUCACUGGUCAAGAUGGCCAAAGUUCUACAGGAUAUUGCCUCGGGAUCAACUUCAGAUCGUCCCGUUGACGAGAUCUUCAGCGAGAUGUUGUUGAAAGCCUUCAAAAUCGUGACACGAGGAGUCAAAUUUCUCGACGUCUGGAACGAAGAUGCUGGUGCAAAUCGUGAUAUCGAAAGUGUUAGCGCCAUUCUUGACCGAGCUAGAAGUCAUGAUCGCAGCUCGCCUCUCACUUUUGCUCUUGCCCCUCCCGUGAAUUUGAAGGAAGAGAGCUUUUAUGCAGACCCGUCAAUUGCCGCAACGCAACGAGAAUCUCGUCUUUCAAAAGAAUCUUGCAAGUCUAGGCAUCGGCAAAGUCCUGGCCACGAAAGGUGUUACUCGCGGCGUGAGGCAUCCUAUUCUCCUUUGGGUGAUCGCCCAAUCUCCGUCUACAGUAAGCGGACGUCAGUAUCGCAUCGAAUGACAUCUGGUGGCUAUACCAUAGGCCCCAAAAACUCCAAACUGGCAUCGGAGCGGUUGCGAAGUAGCCAUGAUACAUUCCUUGGAUGCCUUGGCACAUUUCUCGGCCUCCACAUGCAAUCAAGGUCUUCCUCCGAGCUGCUGCUCACCACUCAGCAUUCAGUCAAGUCUUGCCGCGAACUACUCACUUUGAUCGAGGUUGUUUUGGACCAUGAUAUGCGCCGUGCAGAGAAUCUGGCAGAGGCCAAGGAUGCCAUGUACGAUAAUAUCACCGAGCUGGUGCACGCUGCUCGAGAAGCCUUCCGUCCCCUCCCUUCGGCCGACGAAGAUAUGCUAUUCAUACCUGAUGAGGGUAAGAGGCUUGUCAAUGCUGCUAGAGAUUGUGUGCGGGGAGCUGGAGAGUGUGUUGCUAUGACUAGAUCUGUCCUCGAGCGUAUUGGGGAUUUCGAACCUGAAGCAACCGAGCUACGAUCUUCAGUGGUCACCAUUGGAUCCCCAAGGUCAUCCCGGCGCAUAGAUAUGGACAACGAGAGGUCUCAUGCCGGAUUUGAGGAGGAACGGCCAAUUCGUGUUGAACCAGAGGACCAGUCAAUUGCAGAUGAGACAGUGGAACAAUCUGCUGCUGACGACCCGCGUGAGCAUUCGAUUGCAGAUGGGACAGAAGAACGUCCCGCUACAGAUGAGAUGGAGGAAGAAUCGGACGUUAAUGGACCGGAGCAAGAUCUGGCUCCUCGCUUAGUAAUUCCAGAGACAAUCAUUCCACCUACUAGCCCUCUCUCAUUACCAUUCGACGCUUCUUUACCAAAAUCUUAUUCCAUUUUCCACGCGAUGACGGCAGACUCGGUAGCAAAUGCAUCACCUGUCUCGACCGAAUCUGUUCAAGCGCCAUCUACCAACGGAACACCCACGAUUCCUGAAAAUGAGUUGGCGACGUUUGAACCAAUCAUCUAUGCUUCAUCACAAAUCCAUUCAGAUGGAUGUUCAGCUCGUGCUAUUGUGAAUAGCACUGGUAGUAGCGGCACCUAUGUUUCCAGCGGAAGGGAUUCCGAAGUCAGCGCCGAUUCUCAGAACUCGACCCGCGCCACUUCUCCUGGUGCUUUGUCUCAACACCUGGAGGCUGAUGUGCUAGAAAAUCAGCUGUCUGACAGCCACACCAUAUCAGCUGAGGAAUGCGAUGAAACGGAAGCUAAGAUUAUGGAAAAGACCUUUGCACAUGAGCUGAUGUACAACAAGGAAGGACAAAUCAUUGGUGGGACUCUAUCAGCUCUCAUUGAGAAGCUAACCGCACACCAUUCCACCCCAGAUGCUUUGUUCGUGUCGACAUUCUAUCUUACUUUCCGUCUCUUUGCAUCGCCCCAAGAAUUUGCGGAGGCUCUCGCUUAUCGGUUCAACUACAUCGGCGAGACCCCAUCCGUCGCUGGCCCGGUUCGCUUGCGCGUCUACAACAUCUUCAAAGGUUGGCUCGAAUCUCACUGGCGGCAUGACUGUGACGAUAUUGCGUUGCCUUUUAUCCUUGAUUUUGCGCACAACAUCCUCACGGAAGUGCUCCCUACGGCUGGGAAACGCUUGGUUGAACUUGCCGAAAAAGUUACUGACAUACACGGACCUUUGGUUCCCCGGCUGGUUUCUUCAAUUGGCAAGACGAACACCUCGAUCGCCCAAUAUGUUAAUCCGGAUACACCUGUCCCCGCACCCAUCAUUUCGAAGAGUCAGCUACUAGCGCUGAAGACUUGGAAGAUGGGGGGACCAAAUGUGAGCAUACUCGACUUCGACCCUCUGGAGCUCGCACGCCAGAUUACUAUCAAGGAGUCUUCAAUAUUUUGCUCCAUUCUCCCCGAAGAGCUGCUUGCUACCGAGUGGAUGAAGCGUUCUGGAUCGCUUGCCGUAAAUGUUCGUUCAAUGUCGACCCUAUCCACAGAUCUAGCGAACCUUGUCGCAGAUUCCAUUCUGCAGCUAGAAGAGCCGAAGAAACGAGCUGUAUUGAUCAAGCAGUGGGUCAAGAUUGCUAACAAGUGUGUGGAACUCAAGAAUUAUGAUUCCCUCAUGGCAAUGAUCUGCGCACUGAAUUCAUCAACGAUUUUGCGGUUGAAGAAAACUUGGGAGAUGGUCUCGCAGAAGACAAAGGCUACCUUGGAAGAUCUGAAGAAGAUAGUCGAUGUCUCAAGGAAUUAUGUGGUACUACGCCAGCGACUUCAGAGCCAUGUACCUCCCUGUCUGCCCUUCGUGGGCAUCUAUCUCACGGACCUUACCUUCGUUGACCACGGUAAUCAGGCGACUCGCCAACUGACGACCGAGGAGGGAUCAAUUGGAUUAAUCAAUUACGAUAAGCACAUGAAGACAGCCAAGAUUAUCAGCGAACUUCAGCGCUUUCAGGUCCCGUACCGCUUGACCGAAGUCCCGGAACUGCAGACAUGGAUGCAAGAUCAAUUGGUCCGAGUUAGAUCUGCUGGGGAGAAAAGCUUUCAGAAUCACUACCGGCGCUCUCUCAUUCUUGAGCCGAGGGAACAGAUGCAGACACGGACGUCCCCGACCGGGACUAACCCGCCUGGAAAGUCCGGUGAGAAGAGUUUUGACUUCCGCAGCUGGACACAUACUCAUAGAGACAAGUCAAUCGCCACGAAUGGUUGA